CUGCAUUAAGCAUUAAUGACCAUUAUGGUAGCAGUGGAGAUGAAACUGAUAGCGAUGGUGGUUUAUCUUUAAAUAAAAAUGGCGAUUUUGAUAAAAAAAGAAAAAACUCUACCAAAUCAAUUGGAAAAACUAGUCGUAGACAUGUUGCUAAAACCAUGGCUCAAAGAAGUAAAUUAGAAAAUUCAAGUGACAGUACCGCACUAAGUCUUUUUGUUUUACCACCAGACGAAAAAAUCUUUUUUUGUGAUCAUAUAGGUUGCAAAAGAGGUUUUUCAUCACCACAAUCCCGUUCAAAUCACUAUAGUCUAAAACACAGUACCCAAUGCGAAAAUAGUUCGGAAUGUAUUCAGUGCCGUAGAAUAUUAAAAAUAAAAAGCUCUCCAAAAUCAAAAUGCAGACACUAUGGCUGUGAAAAAAUUUGCUCAUCAGCAAAUCUUGCAAAACAUGAAAAAACUCAACACCAUAAACACAACUAUUUAGAAAAGUUUUCUUGUCAAAAAUGUGAUGAUUUAUCAUCACAUUGUCAAAAUAACUAUUUUCUUCCUUCCAUUUCAGAUUUAACCCAAAAAUAAGUUUGAAUUGUAUAAAAAAAAAAAAGUAAAAAAAAUUAUAUAUAUCAAAAUGUUUUAAUAAUAAUAUAAUAAUUUUUAUUAAAAUGAUUUUAAUUAUUAGGUAAAAAUUAAAAAAAAAUUGUAAAAUAAAUAACUAUUUCCUUAUUUUGUUU